AUGUCUCCAAAUAACUUGCGCCGUGUGCCUAUGCAAUGCCCGCGCGGUCGUUUCGUGUGUUUGGCAGGCAACAGUUGUCAGAGAAUGAAGCAGAAUGCCCCUGGCGACAUGAGUGAGGAGGGGUUCGUAUUCUCGCACGAGGGAGCAGUGUGCCUGUCAAAUCUGCACCGAUUGGGCGCUCGAAGGCAACCAUUUGCCGCUCGUAACCAACAGCCAAUACCCACUUUGCGACAACAAAAAUACAAAUCUUUGUAUUCCACUAUCAAUGUUGGUGAUGAACCCCUGAAAACCUUGAAGCUCUCUAAUACACGAUGGCUUUCAAUAGCGCCAUGUGUGCAGCGACUGCUGCAGCAGUAUGAAGAGCUCAAAUUGCACUUUCAAGUGGCAAGAGAUGAAGAGAGAAACUACACUGCAGAUCUGCUGUAUCAGAUAGGCUACCGUAGACAGAGAAAUAGUGAAUCGGGUGAAGGAACGGUGCAGAAACUAAUUAAUGGAGCUGCCAAGAGAGGUGAGGAAGAGGCUGCCAACAAAUAUGAACAACUUCAGUCGCUCAGUAGUUUGUCUCCAUCAAUUGUUCUAGGCCAAGCAAAACUAAAAUUGCAAGACUUGUCCUUCCUUUCACUAUAUGAUGGAAAUGUAGCCAUUUUAGAGGAGCAAUGGAAUCGUAUGAGUGUGAUGCAAUGGCCACACGCUGAUGACAAAGAUACAGAAGGAUUUUGGAUAAACAUUGCUUAUCACAAGGACGCAUCAGGGGAGAACGACUUUGCCGAACUCAGCAUGUUUAUUCUGAGCUUGUUAGCCUUACCAUUCAGCAACGCAUCAACCGUGUUGUCAAGGUAUCUAAACCCAGUUGACAACGUGUGGGCGGCCAUGUCAAAAUGCAUGCGGCAAGACCACACUCACAAUCGUGUGGCAGUCGCACCCAGCAAGAUGGCUGAUCCUAAGGAUGGUGUCAUGUUGGCAUAUCGGCAUUUUAUGACCAAUGAAUAUGGACUGCAACUCAAUCAACCAGUAACACAACUGAAGAAACUUGACGAAAGGAACCAAAUCCAAAUACUCGCCAUUGGCAAGGAGAAUACGAAACCAACCAAAGCCUUCCUGCUGAUUGGCCAAACAGGAGCCGGUAAGACCUGUCUGAUAAAUGCGAUGAUAAACUACAUUAUGAAAGUCAAAUUUGAGGACAAUUCUAGAUACACCGUAAAGGACGAAAUAGGCACCAUGCCGAAAAGCAAGACUGAAAGCCAGACAGAGUUUGUGACUGGUUAUCUCAUCUAUCAGCAACCUGGGAUGGCAGUUGAUUGCAACUACUUAAUCAUUGACACUCCAGGGCUAGGGGACACAAGGGGGAGGGAACAGCAGCAAAGGAUAAAGAAACAAAUGGAAAUUUUCUUAACAGACGAGACAUUUGAUAUCAGUGAACUCCAUUGCCUCGGUUUUGUUGUCAAUGGAACAAUCAAUAGGUCUCAUGCUUACUUAAAGGAAAUUGUCAUGGAGUUCGAGUCACUGUUUGGAAACGACACUAUUAAAAUCACAAAGAUUCUGGCAACACACACUGACGAUGAUACACCAGCAGUCAGCAAAGUCUUAGAGGAUAUAAAUAUCAAAGCAGAUAAACUAUACACCUUUGACAAUGGCGUUCUGUAUUGUAGUAACCAAGGAAAAAAAGCAAGACUUAGCCAAAUGCAAUGGGAAAUUCUUACUGGCAAGUAUGAAGAAUUUUUCGAAGACAUGUUGGUCGCUAAACCAUGCAGUCUGAGGCUGUGUAAAGAAGCCAUUAAAGAGAAGAUGAAUCUUGAGAGAUCAUUACUGAUGUUGAAAAUGCACAUAGACAAUAAAGUGAAGGCCCUAUUGCAAUGUAGGAACAAGCGAAAGCUGUAUGAAGAAUACUAUACUGCCAUGAGAUGCAAUGAGGAAUUUGAAGGUGAAGAAACAAUCACUGUGAAAGAGAGAUUUCCCAUCAAUGGGCGUUUCACUCAUGCCCAUAACUGCCCCGCAUGUGAGCAGACGUGUGUAUACCCUUGCACUACUUUUAAGUCUGCAUUCUGUAGUUGUCCCAGUGGAAAUAAAGCUUGUGACUUUUGUCCUUGCAGCAAGAAUGACCACAAGAAGGAAGGCAAAAACAAUCAAAAGCAGACAAGAAAAAAAACAUGUUACAAACGAAGAGAUGAAAGACAGAUAUGAAGAGGCAAAAACAAACAUGCAGAAUAUGGAGGAACUUAUGGGAACACUACAAGAAGAAACUGACCACCACUACAAGCAAAUGGCUAUUUACAUCAAGACAAUUGUCAGCCACAUUGAACGAAUCAAUGAGAUUGCAAGGAACCC